GUGAAAGGUUGAAGGUGUUUUUGCAGAGUUAGUCUGAUUCCAGCAGACUCGAGCGGAAUCUGAAGAGGACAGUCGAGUAAACAGUGCAAAGCUGCAAAACUGAACAAAAGCUGAAUUCGACACCGAGGGACCUGAUUUAUUUUAAUCUACAAAAAGGUAUCGACAUCGAAAUCGAAAAAGCAACCAGAUAACAUGAAGCUAAUCAGUGGAGAAGUGAAUCAGGCCACAUCAGCGUCUGAUAAUCAAAAUGACAUGAACUGGAGUGGUGGUGUUCAAGAAGAACCAAUAACCUCUGAUGGCACAUCCACUGCCAGUACAGUUGAUAUGGAAGAUGUAGAAGCAGGUGGCCCACACACUGAACCAUUUGAAAUGAUAUAUGCAGAUGAAGUUGACUCAUCCACUCCCAGUACAUCCACUCCCAGUACAUCCACUCCCAGUACAUCCACUGACAGUUCAGCUGAGAUGAAAGAUGUAGAAGCAGAAAAGAUAACAGACAUGUUUUCAGGAAAUAAGGUUUUUGUUCUUGUCACUGGAAAUACAUUAAAAGCUCAUGAGAAAGUCAUUGAAAUUCUUCAAACACAAAAACCAGAUCUGCAGGUGGUGGAAAAAGUGAAUGAGAGCGAUUAUAUUCUGGUUUUUUGUCCCAUUGCUUCACGAGCUGGAACCGACGUUGAAGCAGCAUUGAAAAAGCUUCAGGAUAUUGCAGGCACCAAACCUGCUGUUCUAGUGGUGCUCCAUCACACAUUUCAAACAGAUUGGGUUGUACCAGACAGCAACAGAGCUGUAAAAAGAAAGAAUUCAGUCACAGUAGACUGUCUGUUCCAUGAAGAUCUGGGAUUACUACAUUGUCCUAAAAAUACUGAAUCACUGGAAAGAAUUACAAGAAUUAUAAAACCCCCGGAGGAUUCAACUUGGGCCUGGUUUCCUAGUGUACCUUCUUUAACAAGUUGGAUUAAUUCUUCUGUCUGUUUUUCAAGUACUGUCAGGGAGGACCAAAGCCAGCGUGAAAAAGGGCCAGAAAAGGAACAAGAAACAGAGACAAAGGAGAAAGAUUCUGUACUGAGGAUUUUGGUAUUAGGAAGAAACGAUUCUGGGAAAAGUUCAGUAAAAAACAUCAUCAUAGGGAAAGAGGAGAAGGCUGCUGCAUCUUCAGCUGAAUCCACUGCCAGCAAGGAGAGUAAGAACACAGAGGGGGAGGUAGCUGGGAGAAAGGUGACUGUUGUGGAGACUCCUGACUUAUUUUCAGCUGGACUCCCACUGGAGAAACUAAGAAAGGAUGUGGAAGAAGCGAUCAAGCUGUCUAAGCCUGGACCUCAUGCCUUCCUCCUAAUAAUACCUUUACCGCUUUCAGAAGACAUCAAAGUUAAUACAGAAGAAGAAUUAAAAGUGACUUUCACAAAGAUGGAAGAGAUCUUUGGAGACAGGUGCUUGAAACACACCAUGAUUAUAUUCAGUGUUACUAAUGAAUCUGUGAAGAAUACUUUCAAUCAAUUUGAAAAAAACAAGGUCCAGUCACUUGAGAAGUGUGGGAACAGGUAUCACUUUCUCAAUAUUGAGCAGAGUGAAGAUGGUUCUCAGGUCUCAGAACUGCUGGAGAAAAUAGAGAAGAUGGUAGGUGGAAACAGAGAGAACUACAGCAGUGAAGUUUAUCUGAAGACACUAGCUUCAGUUGGUGGGAUUGAGAAAAAGAUCAGCAGUGAACUAGAGAAACAAGAUCAUCCAGCUACUGAAAAGAUGAGAAACACAGAAAAAACAACAAAGAGAAAACAUGAGCCAGAGCAGGAAGAGGAGAUGGAACAAAGUCCAAAAAUGCCAAAAUUUGAGAAAGAAAACAGGGAAAAUAGGGAGAUGGAGAUUCAGAAAAUGCAUGAAGAGGAGAACAUGGAGAAAGAGAGAAACGAAAUGAAGACUUUUCUCUCUGGAAUUUGGAGAGAUAUUUUGAAUUCUAAUAUGAAGAUGCAAGAAGAGAUUGAGAAAAAGGACAGACAGAUGGAGAAAGACAAUAAAAUAUAUGCAGAAUUGUUUAACAUGUUAAAUUUUCCGAAAGACCAGCAUGAUACUUAACCCAUUUUUUAUUACAAUUAACUGUAUUCUUCCUUUGCACUGCUAAAUAAUCUACAGAUAGAAUGCAGCAUUAUAUAAAGUAGAUAAUGAGUAAUCAUAGUAUUAGACUGUCAUUGUCAGACUUUUUAUCCUUGCCUUGCACUAAAGCUCUAUAAAUUAGGGAAUGCUACCAGCUCAGCCCUGUAUGCCAUUACAUGAUUUCUCUCUUGUGAUUAGUCACUCAGCAUCUCAUUAGAUACCCAUAAACACCUUGAUUUGUCUAUUGUGAGGUAAAAUAAUGCUUAUAUGAAUUCUGUGUUUCUAAACUAUGUCUCCCAGUCCAUCUCUUGCCUAUGAAAUAUAUUUUGGUGUUGACUGGAUAUUGAAUAAGCUUGAAAUAAAAAGAAAUUGUGAAAAACUA